AUGACAAUUACAAACUCUUCAACAAAUCAUUAUCAUGCUGCACUUCUAUGUCCACCAGGUAUGGGUCACAUAAUCCCUUUUCUUGAACUUGCCAAACACCUUGUGUCACAUACCAUAAUUACCAAAGUAACUUUAUUCAUAGCUUCAAUUAACAACAAAUCUUCUAAGCCUCAAGUAGAAACAAAUAUUCUUCAAUCAUCAAUGAAACAAGGUUUCUUUGACAUCAUUCAUCUGCCUCCAAUUGAUGUUCCUACUAAUGCAAACAUGGGAACAAAGCUAGCAAUCAUAAUGAAAGAAUCAAUCCCAUUUAUUUGUCACGAAAUCUCAACCAUGACAUCACCAAAACCAACCAUUCUCAUCACUGAGCUAUUUGGAUCACUCGUGCUGCCUAUUGCUGAACACUUCAACAUGUCAAAGUUUGUAUUUUGGCCUUCAAGUGCAUGGAAUGUCGCACUUUCACUUCACACACCAACAUUAGAUAAAGUUGUGGAAGGUGAGUUCACAGAUCAAGAAGAGUUUAUCCAAAUCCCUGGUUGCAACCCCAUAAGCCCUUGUGAUUUGUUCUCACCAUUUCUUGAUAGGAAUGAUCAAUUGUAUCAUGAAUAUCUUCCAAUGUGUGAGGAGUUAAGAAAGGUUGAUGGAAUUUUUGUGAACACUUUUCUUGAGCUAGAGGCUAAGACAAUCUUAGCUCUAAGAAGUGGAAAAAUAUACAAGGUACCAAUUUAUCCAAUUGGACCAUUGAUCAGGGAAGCUAAGAAGCAAAAUUGUGACGAUGAAAAUAGAGAUUAUGUUAUUGAUUGGUUGGACAAGCAAGAAGAAGAGUCAGUGAUAUAUGUAUCACUCGGUAGUGGAUACACAAUGUCACAUGAACAAAUCAAAGAGAUGGCUUUGGGAUUGGAGCUAAGUGGGAAGAAAUUUGUUUGGUCUUUAAGGCCACCAUCUACAAAAGCCGGGAACGAUCGUUAUCUCACAGCAGGCGAGGAUGCCGGAUCGAAUGGCGUCCCUAAAACUCGAGCAUCAGUUAGUGCUUUCCCAGAUGAAUUCCACAAGAUACAAAACAGGGGUUUGGUGAUAAUGGAUUGGGCACCACAAUUGGAGAUUUUGAAGCAUUCAUCAAUUGGAGUUUUUGUGUCACAUUGUGGAUGGAACUCAAUACUAGAGAGUGUGUCAUGUGGGGUUCCAAUUGUUGGGUGGCCUCUGUUUGCAGAUCAAUUGAUGAAUGCAGAAACGAUGGCUAAAGAAAUUGGAAUUGGAAUUAGAUUGAAUGUGGCACAAUCUACAAAAGUUGUUGGAAGUGAAGAGAUAGGAAAAACUAUAUGGAAGAUAAUGGAUAAGGAGGACAUUGAAGGUUGUGCAAUGAGGAAAAGGGUUAAGGAGCUUAAGCACAUAGCAGAAAAAAUUUGGUCUCAAGAUGGUCCUUCAUUUUGUGAAAUGACAAAUGCAUUUGUAAAAAUGAGUCACACAAAUGGGGUGUGA